GAGCGGAAGUCGCCGCCGACCUCCCCGCCGACCUCCCUCUGGGGGGGUGGGGGCCUAUCUGAGAGGUGACGGCGGCGGCGGAGACGUUUCAUACGGCCGUAGCUACCGCCGCAGCGGCCGCCCUUCACUCAUCCCGUGCCGAGACGCUGGUCGCGCGGGCGCACCGGCCGGGUGAAGGGGGGGAGGGGAGAGCGGGGCGGAACCUUUGGGGCCGAGCUCGGGGUGCCACCGGAAGAAAAUUAAAUGUCGUCAGAAGACCGAGAAGCCCAGGAGGAUGAAUUGCUGGCCUUGGCAAGUAUUUAUGAUGAAGAUGAAUUUAAAAAAGCAGAGUCUGUUCAAGGUGGAGAAACCAGAAUCUGUUUGGAUUUGCCCCAAAAUUUCAAAAUAUUUGUGAGCGGCAAUCCAACGGAAUGUCUACAGAAUGGUGGCUUUGAAUAUACAAUUUGCUUUCUGCCUCCACUUGUGCUGAAUUUUGAACUUCCACCAGAUUAUCCGUCAACCUCCCCUCCAGCAUUCACCCUCAGUGGCAAAUGGCUUUCACCAACUCAGCUAACUGCUCUGUGCAAGCACUUAGACAACCUGUGGGAAGAACAUCGUGGCUGUGUGGUCCUGUUUGCCUGGAUGCAGUUUCUCAAGGAAGAAACCCUAGCAUACCUGAACAUUGCCUCUCCCUACGAGCUCAAAAUGGGCCCCCAGGGGAAUGUGCAGAGCAGGACAUCUCUGGCUCCUCCUAACACAGAACUAGAUUUUGGGGGGGCAGCUGGCACUACAGUAGACCAGGAAGAAUUUGUGGAUGAGAGAGCUGUGCAGGAUGUGGAGUCUUUGUCCAGCCUGAUACGGGAAAUCUUAGACUUUGAUCAAGCUCAGCAGAAAAAGUGCUUUAACAGUAAGAUGUACCUGUGCAAUAUCUGCUUUUGUGAGAAGUUGGGCAGCGAGUGUAUGUACUUCCUGGAGUGCAGGCAUGUCUACUGCAAAGCCUGUUUGAAGGACUACUUUGAAAUCCAGAUCAGGGAUGGCCAGGUGCACUGUCUCAACUGUCCAGAACCAAAGUGCUCCUCUGUUGCUACUCCUGGCCAGGUCAAAGAACUGGUAGAAGAAGAGUUGUUUGCACGUUAUGACCGCCUUCUUCUACAGUCUACUUUGGACUUGAUGGCGGAUGUAGUAUAUUGUCCCAGGCCAUGCUGCCAGACUCCUGUCAUGCAGGAACCAGGAUGUACCAUGGGCAUCUGUUCCAGUUGCAAUUAUGCCUUCUGUACACUUUGUAAAAUGACUUAUCAUGGAGUUUCUCCAUGUAAAGUAACUGCAGAAAAGCUAAUUGACUUGAGAAAUGAGUAUCUUGAAGCAGAUGACACCAAUAAACGAUUUUUGGAACAGAGGUAUGGUAAAAGGGUGAUUCAGAAAGCACUAGAAGAAAUGGAAAGUAAAGAGUGGCUAGAAAAGAACUCCAAGAGCUGUCCUUGCUGUGGCACCCAUAUAGAGAAAUUAGAUGGGUGUAACAAGAUGACAUGUACUGGCUGUAUGCAAUAUUUCUGCUGGAUUUGCAUGGGUUGUCUGUCUAGAGCAAACCCUUAUAGACAUUUCAAUGAUCCAUCUUCCCCUUGCUUCAACCGGUUAUUUCAAGCUGUGGAUAUUGAUGGUGACAUUUGGGAAGAUGAGAUUGAAGAUUAGUUAAACUACUUUAUUGCUCAAAGCUAUAGAAGUGGAAUGGUUUGCCCUAUUCUUUUGUUGAGUACAGUGUGUAACCUUGCAGGAGGUUUAGAGAACCAUUCAUUCUUCCCAUGUAGGAAGUGUGGAAGAACAUGGUUUUAUUUUCAUUUUCUGCUGAUUAAGGCACAUGUAUAAUUUUCCAGUGUUGUGUAAUGUGAACAAUUAUAAGCCAAAGGUUUUAGAAAACAUUAGCAAAAACUAGAAAAAGUAUUCAAUAUCAUAAUGUGCCCCAGAUUCUGAAUUGUAAAUGUUUUCUUUAUUACCCAGGCUCAGAGGGAGAAGGGUCAAAAUGUAAGAUUUUAAAGACCUUUUUCAUAUCUCUAAGGCAUCUUGCUCUUCAGGGUAUGAUAACAAAAGCACAUUCCUUGGGGUCCUUUCCCACUGGCACCAUUCAGUACUGCUCUUUACACUCUAGGGGAUACUGCUAAGUCAUAGCCUAAGAUGUGCCCUUACCCUCCGAUUCCAGGUCAUAUGCCUGCCAUAUCAGUCCCAUAAGUAGGAAUCUAUUUCCUGCUAAGUUGGUAUUGUUGAAUAGUGAUAAAGUUGUAAAUUUUCAUUUGAUCAGAUCUUCCAUUGGCCUCUUGCAUUUCUGGCUUUUAGAAUUAAGAGAAUAUGGACAUGUUUCCAGUUUGUCAGAAAUCACUUACUUUUUUCUGAUACCACAAAUAUUUGUGGAUCAUCUGAUACCUGUUUUCUUAUUUAUUGAUCCCAUGGAUUUGGGCCAAAUGUAGAGUUCAGUGAAUUGUUAUAGAAUCAGAAGAAGAUGAGUGAAUCCCUUCACUUUAAAAUUAUGGUUUAUAUUCAACUCUAAUCCAUUAUUAUUUGUCAUAAAAUUAAACAUUGACUUCCCUCAGGCCACCUACUACCCUUCCAGCCCAUCUCUCACACAAACCUUUUAAGUUGGGUUGGUAAUUAAAGCAAACUGAUUUUAAUGUUAUCCUAAGCAAAACAUUAUGAAUGAAAUCAGUGAGGCAGAGAGUGAGGUUUCUUUUAGUUAAACCCAAGGGGAAGCGGGGGGAAGAAACCAGGUAUGGGAAAAAUUGAUAUAUUUCCAAGGUGAAUAAAAAUUAUUUUGAGUUAUCUGCUGCUUGUGACUGUUUAGAAUGCUAUUCCCAUUAGCAGUUAAUCAAGGUGAUAAUUCCAACCCUGACUUUGAAUUCUGCUUUUGAAAACCAUAAUUUCUGCAGUGAUUUAUAGUUUGAAAUACAGAGCCUUGCUAUUCAGUUUUUGCAAGCUUUUAGAAAUUAACUUUUCCCCCCUCCUGUGGCUUGGUAGGAGUGACUCGAUAGCAUAGUUACUAUAAAGCUUCAAGUAAUUUUUUUCUGGCCGAAGAAGGCCUACAGUAUCUUCAUUUUCUGUUUGUGAAGCCAGUCCUUUUCCAGCUGCAUGCAAGUUACUGAGAAUAAAAUUACUUUUUGUUUUAUUGUGAUUCUAGAGAUACAUCUUGGACCAUAUAGCUUUUGAUUGGCAAUGGAAUUUGUUAGCUUUUCUUCUUUAUGUGAUUGGUUUAUACACCCCAUGUUAAGAAAGGGUAAUUUAACCAUCCCUCAGCUAUCGUGAGCCAAGUUGUUGCCAAUUCAGUCCUAAAGCAGUUGUCCACACUAGAUAAAUGGGUAUUAUAACUGGAUACUCGGGAAGAGGUCAAAAUAAAAUCAUAGAAUGA